GGACAACGGAAAGCAGAUCAACUGUCCACACACACACAAACACUCACCUGUCACCAACACUUUCAGGGAGCUGAGCAGAACAUAUGGAAAGGACAAGUGUGUGACUCCGAAACAUCUGGCAAGUGGCAGCCGACUGUGUAGCAAUGGAGUUCCUUUUCCAGAUGCUGUUCUCCCCCCUGCCCACCCCGGCCAUCAUCUCCCUUUUUGCCCUGGCAGCUGCUACCCUGGUCUACCUCAACAGCCGGCCCGCACCCCUCCACUCCCCUGCUGACCUGAAAAGGCAAACGCUGGGAAUCAGGGAUGGAGCAAGGAAGAGUGCUUUGCUUGAAGAUAACAACAACCUGAUAUCCUAUUACUAUGAAGAUGGCAAGACAAUAUAUGAGGUUUUCCAGAGGGGGUUGAGAGUUUCAGGUAAUGGGCCAUGCUUGGGCUAUAGAAAACUAGGAAAACCAUACCAGUGGCUUAUGUACAAACAGGUGUCGGAUCGGGCAGAGUAUCUGGGGUCGGGGCUUAUUCACCAAGGCUUGAUGCCUAACCCAGACACCUUUAUUGGCAUCUUUGCUCAGAAUAGACCCGAGUGGAUUAUUGGUGAACUGGCUUGUUACACCUACUCCAUGGUAGCGGUUCCACUGUAUGACACCCUGGGUCCCGAUGCUCUGAUGUUCAUUAUCGACCAAGCUGAGAUUUCUACAGUGCUUUGUGACAAGCAAACUAGAGCUGAGAUUCUGCUGCAGAACCGAGAGAAAGGGCAGACGCCAGUACUUAAGACUAUUGUCAUUAUGGACUCCUUUGACUCUGAGCUGGUCAAGCGAGGAGCCACGUGUGGUGUGAACAUCUUGUCUAUGCGCGAUGUGGAGGUUCUGGGUAAAGAAAAUCUACAAAAGCCAGUUCCACCAAAGCCAGAGGACCUUAGCAUCAUAUGCUUCACCAGUGGCACUACAGGAAACCCUAAAGGAGCAAUGUUGACCCAUGAGAAUGUAGUUGCUGAUGCUGCAAGCGUGUUAAAAAGCUUUGAGGUAGCAGUUGCUCCAACUUCCCAGGAUGUCAGCAUUUCAUUCCUGCCUUUGGCGCACAUGUUUGAAAGGGUUGUACAGACAGUGAUCUAUGGUGCCGGGGCCAAGGUGGGCUUCUUCCAGGGGGACAUCAGACUGCUGCCAGAUGACAUGAAAGCCCUUCAGCCGACCAUUUUCCCAGUGGUGCCGCGACUUCUUAACCGUGUGUAUGACAAAGUUCAGAGUGGGGCCAAGACUCCUUUUAAGAAAUGGCUGCUUAACUUUGCUGUGGAGAGGAAAUCUACUGAAGUGAAGGAUGGCAUCAUCAGGAACAACAGUAUUUGGGAUAAGCUCAUCUUUCACAAAGUUCAGGAAUCCCUGGGCGGACGUGUGCGGGUGAUGGUGACGGGAGCUGCACCCAUUUCUCCCUCUGUUCUCAGUUUUCUGAGGGCAGCGCUGGGUUGUCAGAUUUUCGAGGCAUAUGGCCAGACAGAGUGCACUGCUGGUUGUACCUUCACCAUGCCGGGAGAUGCCACCUCUGGGCAUGUCGGGGUUCCUCUCCCUUGCAAUGUUGUGAAGUUGGUGGAUGUUGAGGAGAUGAACUACUUUGCCUCCAAUGGUGAGGGAGAGGUCUGUAUCAUGGGUAAAAAUGUGUUCAAGGGGUACCUGAAAGAUCCAGAGAAGACUGCAGAGGCCUUGGAUAAAGAUGGUUGGCUCCAUACAGGGGACAUUGGUAAAUGGCUUCCGAGUGGAGUCCUGAAGAUCAUCGACCGAAAGAAGAAUAUUUUCAAGUUGGCUCAAGGAGAGUACAUAGCACCAGAGAAAAUUGAGAAUGUCUAUGUACGCAGUGCACCCGUGGCCCAAGUGUUUGUACAUGGAGACAGUCUACAGUCCACCUUGGUAGCCAUUGUAGUCCCUGACCCUGAGGUACUGCCAAGCUAUGCAGAAAAUCUGGGCCUCAAAGGCUCAAUGGAGGAACUGUGUAAAAACAUGGAAAUCAAGAGGGCCAUUCUUUCUGACAUGACCAAACUGGGCAGUAAAGCAGGACUGAAGUCUUUCGAGCAGGUGAAAGAUGUGCACCUCCACCCAGAGCAGUUCACCAUUGAGAAUGGUCUGUUGACUCCCACACUUAAAGCCAAGAGAGCUGAACUAAAGGUUCUUUUCCAGCCACAGAUUGACAAACUUUAUGCCAGCCUCCAAUAAGCGGACAAGCCAAUGCAUCGGCAGCUCCUGUUUUGGCUGCACUCUGUACUGUAACCCUUUUUGAAUUUGACAUUAAAAGUUGGAAUUGA